AAAGCAAUAUAGAGAGGUUUUUUUUUCGUUUACCUAAGAAGAAAGAAAAAUCUUAAGAGUAUGUGCAACAUAUACAUGGAGGAAGAAGGCACUCUAGCACGAGAAGAAGAUGGCCUAAAACCUGAGGCCUACGAUCUUUACUUCAAGGGUUUCGUAAGAAAGGACUCAUUGGCAGGAUUUGGGGUCGCAAUUUGCAGACAAGAGGACGAUACUCUCUUGUUUAGGAUGAAGGGAUCCAUCCAUGACUCUGCCAUUACAGUUUUGGAGGCUGAGCUUACGGCAUUGAAGCGAGGACUAACGGAAGCCGUGAGUUUGGGGAUGACUCAUAUCUUAAUCUGCUGUGAUCAUUAUCAGAUUUAUAACUUGGUCACUGGGAGAUGUGCGCCUGAGCAAGAGAACACCGCGUUGCUAAUGGAUGAUGUGCAACGCAUAAGACAACAAUUGACAUCUAGCAUCCCUGUUCUGAUGACUGAAAAUCAAGUUAAAUUUGCUUAUAAACUUGCAUUGGAAACACUAGUUUCUGAAACAAGCAUACGUAUGCCUCCGCAUAACACAAGGUGCUCUGGAUCUAUGAGAUGCUGCAAAGUUUCGUGUCAUAGUAACUUGUCAUGCAAUGAUUGCGAGAGUGAAGACGAAGCAGCAGCGAUGACUUCGUCGAGCCUUUUCUCGUUCAGCUCUCGUUAUCCGAUCAUAACCUGCCGCGUGUCACCUCCAACUUCGCCCUCCGUCGUCACUUCUCUUCCUCUCCCGUCGUCAAGCUCUUCCGACUCAUUAGCUUGUUCUCUCAAAUGUCCUCAUUUCCAAUCGUGCUCAGGUUGUACGCAGGAGUUCAAUCUCCACCGUCCAGCUGUUGUCGACGAAGCUUCAGGCUUCUUCAAGCGUUACGGCGUCGAAGAUUUCACUUUCGAUAGUUGUAGACUGUGGGGAUGGAGAUGCCGAGCAAAAUUGGCUGUUCGUGGCACUUCGGAUAAUGCAUUGAUUGGAUUGUACCAAGAAGGAACUCACACUGUUGUUGAUAUUCCUGAAUGCAAAUCUCAUCAUCCUAAUAUUAAUGCUGCCAUUGAGUUACUGAGAGAAGGUAUUAAGGUGUUUGAUGUCGUGCCAUUUGAUGAGGAUCAGGGCACUGGGGACUUACGAUAUGUUCAGAUGGCUGUUACGACGCACAGUACAAAUCUUCGUGCCCCAGAGAGAUACAAAAAUGGAAAAGUGCAGGUGUCCUUGGUUUGGAACUCGAGAAAUGAGAGAUCUCAUAAUGCAGAUAAGUUGCAAGCAUUGUCCAGCUACCUUUGGAGAAAGGGUGGACCCAACAGCAAGUUUCACCUGAUCCAUUCUGUCUGGGCUAACUUUCAGACAUCAACCAACAAUAUAAUUUUUGGAAAUAGAUGGAGGCAUCUUUUAGGUGAGAGAGAUUUCUGGGAACACGUAGGAGGAAUUGACAUAUCCUUGGAUCCUUCCAGUUUUGGCCAGGCAAAUACACGGGCUUUUGAUAGCUUGCUUUGGAAACUGCAUAAGUAUGUUCCAGGUGGAUCAUCUGUUGCUGAUCUCUAUGCAGGAGCCGGAGUGAUUGGAUUAUCAUUAGCUACUUCAAGGAAAUGCAGGCAAGAACAGAGAUUAUUCACAUCUGUUAACAAAGAAGCAAGGCUGUCUUUUGAGAAAACAAUCCAGCGGUUGCCGAACUCAUUGAAUUGCAGCAUCAGUUGGCACCAUGCAGAUGCUUCAGUUAACCCUCUUUCGUGGAUUAUAGGAUCAGAUGUAGUCGUUGUGGAUCCUCCUAGGAGAGGUCUCGAUGCUUCUCUCCGUCAGAUGUUGGAGUCUGUCCCCUCCAUUGAGAAAAGAAUGAGGUCGUCAUCACAGAGUUCAAACUCGAACACAAAAGAGGAGAAGAGGCCGUGGAUUUUAAGAGCAAAGGAACUUUCAAUUCAAGCUGGCAACAAGCUGACCCCUGAGGAGAACAAUACACUACCACAAAGACUCAUAUAUAUAAGCUGUGGUUGGGAAAGCUUUAAGGAGGACUGCAAGUCGUUAUUAUCUAGCAGAGCGUGGGAGUUGGAAAAAGCCCAUGGCUUCAACUUCUUUCCCGGAACCGACAGCAUUGAAGUUUUGGCCGUAUUCAAAAGAAGGGUUGCGAUAAAGAAAAAGAAGAAAUCGGGAAUAAAGAAAGUGGGAAUAAAGAAAGUGCGUGCUAAGUCACAGGACUCUUAUUAGUUAAUGUCUGUAACACUUGAACUUCAGAAGUUUAGGAGAUCAUCUAAUGGAUGAGAAAACAGUUUUGCUCUGUUCCUGUUGAUAAUUUGUG